GAGAAACCCGCGGCGGCGGUGCCAGCACCCAGCCGCCGCGGUCGAGGGCCGGCUUUCCGCAGGGGCGGCCGGGGGCGCGGGGGGUGCGCGGGCGGCGGCCGCGCCAUGCAGUACCAGCCGCCGGGCGCGGCGCCGGCGGCGGCGACCCUGGGCGUCGGCGUCCCGCUGUACGCGCCCACGCCGCUGCUCCAGCCCGCGCACCCCACGCCCUUCUACAUCGAGGACAUCCUGGGCCGCGGCCCCGCCGCCGCCCCGGCCCCCCACUCCCUGCCCGCCCCGCCGCCGCCGCCGCUGCCGUCGCCCAACUCCUCCUUCACCAGCCUGGUGUCCCCGUACCGGACCCCCAUCUACGAGCCGACCCCCAUCCACCCGGCCUUCUCCCACCACCUCGCCGCCACCUACGGCACCGGCGCCUACGCCGGGCCCCUCUACUCCUUCCCCCGCGCCGUCGGCGACUACGCGCACGCCCUGAUCCGGCAGGACCCCCUGGGGAAGCCGCUGCUGUGGAGCCCCUUCAUCCAGCGGCCGCUGCACAAGAGGAAAGGAGGGCAGGUCCGCUUCUCCAACGACCAGACCAUCGAGCUGGAGAAGAAGUUCGAGACGCAGAAAUACCUCUCCCCGCCGGAGAGGAAGCGCCUGGCCAAGAUGCUGCAGCUCAGCGAGAGGCAGGUCAAAACGUGGUUUCAGAAUCGCAGAGCCAAAUGGAGGCGUCUAAAGCAGGAGAACCCCCAGGCCCCCAAAAAAGAAGAAGUGGAAGGUGCUGACAGUCACAGCGACCAAAGGCCGGAGAGCUGCCCGACCCCCGAGCAGAAGGGUAAGGAGGUCUCCCUGGACGGCUCGCAGUACACCCCCUCGCCAGCCUCCCAGGAGGACCUGGAGUCAGACGUCUCUGACGACUCCGAUCAAGAAGUGGACAUUGAAGGCGAUAAAGGCUAUUACAAUCCUACCCACUAACAGCCCCGUGCGGAGAGUGGACCCUAAGUCGGCUUGCACUUUACCAGGGGCUGGUUUGGAAGAAUAUUAUGCUACAGGAGAAAACUUUAACUGUUCCACUGAAAGGAAAACAAAAAAACCCACCACCAAAUAGACUCGUUUUAUAAUAAGCAGAGAAAGAAAGAUGUAUUUUCCGCAAACAGUCCAUUUUUGGCAGAUCUCUAAUUUGGUUAAAGGAACAUGGUUUGUAUUUAAUUAUUUGUAAGAUAUAUUUGUACAUUAAUCGGUGUUCUAACUGCACCCUGUCCUUACUCACGGGGGAGUCUGAAUCAGCUGCUGGUGGUGAUCAGGCAAAACUCCUCCCUAGGUAGUGUGGAAAUGAGUAUGGAUUGCAGGACUAAGCCCUUUGUAUGUGUAAACAAAUGUAGUUUAAAUAGAUUAAUUUAAACACCCUUUGCAAGCAGAGAAAUAUGUUCUGUGAAAUAGGGAGGGAUUUGACCAUCCCAACAAGUGCCUUAUGCUCACACCCUUUUACCUGCCGUGGUGCUCUCCACCGACACAUCCCUCUGUUCAUCAGGUAGAGUCUUCAGACAGAUUCAUUUUUGUUCUUGCGUGAGACGAAAUGUGCCUUAGUCUUUUGAGGACUUUGCCCUGCAAUCUGGAUGGUUCCAUUUGCAGGAAAAAAACCCCAUAUUUUUCUCCUUGAAAAUCUGUAGCGCUGUUUUUAACAGAUUCUGUAUUUGAGAAGAAAAUGCAGGGAGUGAUGGGACCCUGCUGCAGGAGAGAAACUGGCAUCAGCUGUGGGGGAUAAGUGAGGCACACAGCCGUGGGAAGAUAAUGCCUAUUGUAUACGUAUCUGCUUCUGUACAUACUAGUUUUCUUUAAAAGUCUUGCGGUUUUAUACCUCACGUUGUUCAUAUUUUGUACAUAUUUGUUCAAUGUUUUAAAAAACCAAACAAACAAACCCUGGUAUUUAAUUUUUGAUGGACUUGUCUGUGAAAUAAAACUAAACUCUGCAGCACC